AUGACUACUCGUGCGCAUUCUAUCAGCAGCACUCGUUCGGCGGAUUCUUCUGAUUAUUCGGAUGCGUUUGAGACGAGUGCUCGAUCGAUCUCGUCUGUAGCUCCCACUCCUCACGUCACCAAUCAGAAACGCCAUACACAGCAAGUCAUGAGACACUCGUCUAUUACCAGCAGUAGUCAAGGAGUGUCGUCUUCGUUUCUAGAUACCGGUAGUACAGAAGAAGACGUCCUUCCCAGCAAUGUGAAUUCGAUGGAACAAUUGGAAGAUCUUCCACCCGAGUGUCUGAGCAAUGAUCCUCACAGACCACUGCGUCAUGUCGACGAUCAGCACCAUGUCUUUACGUACAGUCUCAAUCCAACCACUUACUCGGUUGCCCUCAUUUUGGUAGUUGAACUACUCGAACGAUUCUCCUUUUACGGAAUCUACUACACACAAACACUCUAUCUCACGGGAGUCUACAAUCCCGAUUGGAAUCCUGGACUCAACAGUGUCGCGGCCGCAAGCUUUGUCUCCACCAGUACGGCCGUCGCUUACACCACGCCCUUUAUUGGAGCCAUUCUCGCCGAUGCCCUCCUAGGAGAUUACUGGUCCAUUUUGGCGGGAUCCAUUGGACUCUAUCUACCGGGAAUUCUACUGGUCGCUCUCACCAGUGUCCCCUACUUUCUUGGGGACACAUUCAACAAGCCGGCUCUAUUCACGGCACUACUCUUCCUAUGGCCCAUGGGCACGGGAAUCAUCAAGUCAGUCGUCAAUGUAUUUGGAGCCAAACAGUUUCAUCCAAUCCUACAAUCCAAUCUCAUUGAACAGUAUUACGUCAACUUUUACAUCUCCAUCAACGUGGGAGCGCUCGUUGGCAUUACAUUGGUGCCCAUCUUGGCACAACACAAUGUCACCACGGCAUACCUUCUUCCGGUUUCCUUUUUGGCACUGGGCAUUCUCAUUUUCGUUUCUGGAACACCCCGCUAUGUCAUUGGCAAGCCGCGAGGCGAUCUGCACGUACUCAACAGCUGUACCAAGCGAACAGACAGCAAGAACAGCAAGACCGAUCCCAAUGCUCCUCCCACCAUUCCCUUGUCGUCCAUAUUGAGAAUUACACUCUUGAUUGUACCCUUUUGCAUUGCAUACUCCCAAAUGCCAACCACCUUUAUCGUACAAGGCACCGUUAUGCGCAAGGCAUUUGGAUUCAUUGAUGCGGCUACCAUGAAUGCACUAGAUGCUCUGUCGGUCUUGGUCUUUGGAUGGAUCACGGGAAACGUCAUUUAUCCAGGAUUGGCACAACGAGGCAUUAAGUUGGCCACCACUACCAAGUUUGCCAUUGGAUCGGCACUCGGCGCCUUGGCCAUUGCCUGGAGCUUGCUCGUCGAACAUUGGAUUCACGCUGCAUACCAUCAUCACCAAAACCAAAACGAUGAUGCAUCGGUCAGUAUUCUCUGGCAAGCACCGGCAUACAUGCUCAUUGGAGCGGGGGAGAUCUUUGCCGUCAGUGCCGCAUACGAAGUCGCAUUUACUGCAUCGGCACCCACAACAAAGGCAUUGGCCAGUGCCGUCAAUAUAUUCUGUGUCGGGGGGAUUCCAAAUAUAAUUUGCAUUGGGCUUUAUCAAGCUUGUGAAGGAUGGGCAUUCCGCUCCCAACGAGGGGAUACCAAUCUGCAACAUUUGGAAGAUUACGCCACAGCUCAUGUCGGAAGGUACUUUGCAGUCCUCUUGGGGAUUUUGCUCUUUGGAGUUGCACUCAAUCUGUAUCCGCCCGUUCGGGACUUCGUCGAUGGGACCGAACAGCAAGCGGCCGACUUGGUCAAAACACCCGUCUUGCGCAAACCCAACAUUGUCGGCAGAGAAGCCAAUGGAGCCGCCACCGCCAACGAGCAAUCGCCCCUCUUGUCCAAGGACAAGGCCGCUCUACUGCAGCAUCAAAACUAUCUCAAAUAUGGCAAGGGACCGGUGCUCUACAAGCUCGGAUCGAUGCGCGCGGGUCCAUCAUUGAGUCACAAGGAAUCCAAAAACAACGCCGUCAAAAAGAGCUUUAUCCCGCAACUCUAUGGAGGACCCAACGAAGACAAUGUAUGA